GUUACUCCUUCGUUAGAUACGCAGCAAAUUUUCGGUGUGAACACAUAGCACCAGCAUCAAUACUCGGUUGUGGCUGGAGCAGUACUUUGUCUCCAGACAAAAGGUGCCAAGUCGUCAGUAUCUACAGGAGGGAGUAUAGUCGGUCAUAGUGCUUGGCAGUAUACGCAACAUAAAAUAAUUGGCGCUUAUUCUUACAUACACACAUCCACGCGGAAAUUCAAUUUGAGGGACAUUGAAAAUGGCAUGCCCUUUCUUUCGACGUACCGACUCACUGUUGCGUCAGCCAUCGGUUUCUGCGGAAACGGGCAACAACACUUGGCUUUUGGAGGAUGAAGAGCAACCGGAUGAUGCGCUUACACUGACGCAUUUGCAAUUGGCCAUACAGCUGCUCACAGCGCCGUCGAAUGCCGAUUUGAAUACCGCUGUUACAGCACUUAUCGCCAAGUACAGCCAUAGCUGGCCUAAGAUUUCCAAGUUACGCAUAGACUUGGACACUUUAAAAAGUGUGCCCAACUAUGAUUAUUUGGCCGACAUACAAGAUAUACUAUUGGAGAUGGACGAAUCAAGUGCAAGUGAAAUUCUUGUACUUCUCGGGGAAGAGUUGAUCACUUCAUGCUGCACCGGUAUCAUAGAGCGCGCUUUUCGUUGCCUCGGCACAGAUUUGCAAGAGUUUCUCGGCUCCUUGGAUGGCGUUUACGAUGUGCUGAAGCUACAAGAGGAAGAUGUCACCGAUACUGGUUUCGUGUGCGCCGGCGAUGGUGAGUUAAUAUUCACCUCUGAACGUCCUGUAAUCGCUUGGCUGCUACUCGGUUCACUAAAGGCAUUGACGCGUAUGUUGUACAAUGUGCAGGUCAAUAUUAAAAUCGAACCAGUCGAAGGCGAUUCGAGACGUUAUCGCUAUUUAUUUUCGCUGGUUAAGGAAUACAGCGGUUCAUCAGUGGCAAUGCAGGGAAGAAGUGUUGAGGCUGUCAAAGCGCCCGUGCCCGUAAUGCCAGCACAGCGUCAUAAUUCGAGCAAAGCUGCUGAUUUGGCAAUGAAUUCGCAUACCUUCUGUAAGGCAUUCCCCUGGCACUUCAUUAUGAACGAGAAACUGGAACUGAUGCAGUUAGGACGUGGCUUCAGUAAACUUUAUAAGCCCCACAUGGCUGAACAUGGCUGUCAUGCCACUACUUAUUUCGAUUUUAAGCGACCCAAAGGAUUGACCAUGAAAUUCCGAGAUAUUGCACGGCGUACGUACACACCAUUUUUGAUUGCUCUGAAGAGUCCACCGAAUGUCAGUGAAUUUACGGCCAAGGGCCUUGAGAUCAAGGGGCAAAUGGUGCAUUGUCCUGAAUCCAAUUCACUGCUCUUCAUGGGCUCACCUUUUCUGGAUGGUCUGGAUGGACUCACUUGCAAUGGACUUUUCAUAUCCGACAUACCGCUACACGAUGCCACGCGUGAAGUUAUUUUAGUUGGUGAACAGGCUCGAGCUCAGGACGGUUUGCGUCGUCGCAUGGACAAGUUGAAGAGUUCCAUUGAGGAAGCCAAUGCUGCAGUUGCAAAAGAGCGUAAAAAGAAUGUCAGCUUGUUGCAUCUAAUAUUCCCGGCAGAGAUUGCCGAGCGUUUGUGGUUGGGCGCAAGCAUCGAUGCCAAAACUUAUCCGGAUGUGACUAUACUUUUUAGUGAUAUUGUUGGCUUCACGAGUAUUUGUUCGCGUGCUACACCCUUCAUGGUGAUCAGUAUGUUGGAAAGUUUAUAUAAGGAUUUCGAUGAAUUUUGUGAUCUGUUCGAUGUUUACAAAGUGGAGACAAUUGGUGAUGCUUACUGUGUGGCAAGUGGCUUGCAUCGCGCUUCGAUCUAUGAUGCACACAAAGUAGCAUGGAUGGCGUUGAAGAUGAUCGUAGCUUGUGGAAAGCAUAUUACGCAUGAUGAUCAAGAAAUCCAAAUGCGCAUUGGCCUGCACACAGGUACCGUAUUAGCCGGCGUGGUGGGUCGUAAAAUGCCACGAUAUUGUCUCUUCGGACAUAAUGUUACCAUUGCCAAUAAGUUUGAGUCCGGUAGCGAGGCUUGCAAAAUAAAUGUGAGCCCAACCACAAAAGAUUGGCUAAUCAAGUAUCCUGGCUUCGAAUUUGAACUAAAACCACGAGAUCCUUCCUGUUUACCAAAAGAGUUUCCAGACACUAGCGGUGAUAAAACUUGUUACUUCCUCGAGGGUUAUCGUCACCCAACAUUAAGCGCUCAAUUGCCUUUGGUGGAACACAUCAGUGAGGCGCUUAAGUCCAUUACGGAGCCGUAAAGCGUAAAGGCUGAAAGUUGACGUUGUUAUUGAGUUUUAAAAAGCUCGCUACAGAUAACAGAAAAGAAGAGUAUUAUUUAGUCAAUACGAUAGUAAAUAAGCGCAAAGCUGUCACACCUUAACCAAUAUACAUACAUAUUACAGUUAAGGCUAUGUUGUUUAAACAUUCAAAUCAGUCUAUUUGCCAAUAACAAUGAUGCUCCUUGUGAGUAGAUAUAGAAAACUAUCUUGAUAUCAAAAUAAAUGUUGUUUGCUCUUCAAUAUGCACAACCGCUUUUACGGUUUUAAAAAAUAAAGAAAUAAUUCGUGGCUAUGACCCAUAUAACAAGCAU